UAUGAAAUCUACAGGUUACAAUUUUGACAAGCAAUCGCGGUCUUCCCGGAAUUGCGAUCCGCCUCUCAAAAUCCUCCGUAUCCCCGCCCAAUUUAUGAACAUCCACUGCAAAUCCAACCAAUUGACCAGGGUUUUGGGGUUAAGCUUUCGAUUUUGAGGGAGAAUAAUCAUUAUAAUCACUCAAUCAAUCUUGUUCCCUUUUCAGGAGUUCUCCCUAAGUUCAUUGAAGCAAACCCUUGUUUUUCUUUAGCUCUGCUGAUGAACAAGUUGGGACCAGGAGACUUUUCUAAUUUGGUCGUAGCUCUCAAGUUGUCUCCACCUCCAUGGCCAACAGUAGUUGCUGGUGUCUUUGUUUUCAUCAGUCUAACCCUUUCAAUUUACUUGCUGUUCGAACACCUCUCUGCUUACAAGAAUCCCGAGGAACAGAAGUUUUUGUUUGGCAUUAUACUCAUGGCACCUUGUUAUGCAGUUGAAUCAUUUAUAUCGUUGUUGAAUCCAUCAAUCAGUGUUGAUAUUGAGAUUCUGCGAGAUUGCUAUGAAGCUUUUGCCAUGUAUUGCUUUGGAAGAUAUCUUAUUGCAUGCUUGGGGGGUGAGGAAAGGGCAAUUGAGUUUCUAGAGAGAGAAGGGCGUGCAGGAUCUAAAACCCCUCUACUUGAGCCAAGUUCUGAACAUGGAACAUUCAAACAUGUAUUUCCAAUGAGUCUCUUCUUAAAACCAUGGAAAUUAGGUCAAAGGGUUUACCAAAUCAUCAAAAUUGGAAUUGUACAGUAUAUGAUUAUAAAGGCUUUUACAGCUGUUCUAGCUGUGAUUCUUGAAGCCUUUGAUGUAUAUUGUGAAGGUGAAUUCAAAUGGGGUUGUGGGUAUCCUUACACAGCUGUUAUUUUAAAUUUCAGUCAAUCAUGGGCUCUGUAUUGCUUAGUUAUGUUUUAUGAAAUUACAGCUGAUGAGCUGGCACAUAUUCAUCCACUGGCGAAAUUUUUAACAUUUAAAUCGAUUGUAUUUUUGACAUGGUGGCAAGGUGUGGCUAUUGCCCUUCUUUCUUCCUUUGGGCUAGUCAGAAGUCCCAUUGCUCAAACAUUACAGUUCCAAUCCAGUAUCCAAGAUUUCAUUAUCUGCAUUGAGAUGGGAAUUGCUUCUGUGGUUCAUCUAUACGUGUUCCCUUCAAAGCCAUAUGAGCUAAUGGGAGACCUUUUUAAGGGAAAUGUUUCAGUUCUUGGAGACUAUGCAUCCACUGAUUGUCCAAUCGAUCCUGAUGAGAUUAGAGACAGUGAACGCCCUACAAAACUACGCCUCCCUCAACCCAAUAACGACAUCAAGACCAAAACCGCCAUUAGAGAAAGCGUUCGCGAUGUCUUUGUUGGUGGUGGCGAAUACAUUGUUAAUGAUCUGAGGUUUACUAUGAAUCAAGCUGUAGUACCUGUUGAAAAAGGGUUCACAAGAUUCAAUCAAAAACUGCAUAAAAUUUCCCAAAACAUAAAGAAGGGGAACAAGGAUAAGAGAACGAAAGACGAUAGUUGUAUCAAUGAAUCGCCUACGAAAAGAAUAAUACGCGGAAUCGACGAUCCGCUUUUAAACGGAAGCUUCAGCGACAGUGGUGCCUCUGCCGCCAAGAAAAAGAGGCGGCACCACCAGCGGAAGCUUUCGGGAUAUACGAGCGGCGAGAGUGGCGGUGAGAGUAGUAGUGAACAAAUGUAUGGUGGGUAUCAGAUUCAUGGACGGAGGUGGGUCACGAAGGAGUAAAUGCAAGAAAUAGCAACACACUUUUUAUUUAUUUGUAUAUUAAAUUUUGUAUUCGGAUGAUAUUGCUAUAGUUGGGUAUAUUUUUUAAAGUACGAGCCCAUCUUCCUUGAUCUAGGGAUAUUCUGAUUUACCUC